UUUGGUUAUGAGUCACUUUUUAAAGAAUACCUUAAUGGGACAGUCACAGAAGUUUGGAUAGAAGAUCCGUACAUUAGACACACUCAUCAGCUGUAUAAUUUCCUUCGAUUUUGCGAGAUGCUCAUUAAGAAUCCAUGUAAAGUAAAAACCAUUCACCUUCUCACCUCUCUGGAUGAAGGUUGUGGGAGAGUACAGCAAAGUAGUGGCCUGGAAGAAAUAAAACAAUCCCUCAGGAAUCAUGGAGUGCUUUUGGAAAUAGAAUAUUCUUCUUCAGUACAUGACCGAGAAAUUAGGUGUGUGUAUAAUAAUACUUUAAUUUUUAUGUAG